AUGGAUGACCAAUUGGAAGAUGGAGAAAUAUUAGACGAUGAUGACCAUACUACGAUAGUUCAACCUACCACAUCAGAGUCAAAAGAAAGCGAAAUAGAUAGAAUUAUUGAGGAAACAAAGGCUAUUGACGAUAAAAGCUCUCCGAAUAAUAAACAUCACCAAAUAAGACAUGGAUCAGCAUUCUCUGCAAAGCUUGUAAUGGAAGACCCUGAUUUACGGGCUCUACGUUUAGCAGCUCUUGGAACUUUGGGAAAAACUGUUAAAGAUAAAAGCGAUAAGUUAAGUAUGCUCUCAUCAAGUUCUGUAGUAGAUUUUUCUCACUUAGUGGUUGGAAACAAGGUAUCUGAUAAAGAAGACCCUAGAUCUCGUGGCCGAGUUAGUGCUGAUAUGGUUUUGGGCGAAGAGAAUAAAGAAGUUGUUAGUCUAAGAAGAUCAAAUUCACCUAGUCCUAACAUAGAAGACAAUUAUGACAAUGUUGGAAUGGAUAUCGACAGUAACUGUAGUGAGCCUGACAUUAACAGCAUUAAUGGCGAAGAAGCUCGAAACACAUUAGUAGUCGAUGCUGGUCGGAACAACGGUAUAAUAUAUGAGGGGACAGAGGUAAGAGUUAAACCUCAUCCCAGACUUAGUAAUGGCUUCAGCCGUGACGAAUACAGGAUAAAGUAUGAAAGCUUAGAAAAAUUAGAUAAGAGGAUUCGUUCACGAGUCGACGAUAUUGAAGAGGCUCACGAAAGAAGAAACAAAAUAAUGAUGGAGUUAGAGAGCAUUUCAAAAUCACUCGAAGACUUCAAAAAUGACUAUAUCCAAGCUAUUAAGGAUAGGGAUGGUUUGAGGAAAGAACUAUCAGACUAUGAAGAACAGAAAAUUAAGCUUUUGCUGUUUGGAGAGAAUGAUUUGAAGCCUAAGGAAGAACCUAAAGUUAGCAUAGUUCCCACCCCUGAAGAGAAUGAGAGUGAACCAAUCGUUCCUCCGAAACUCGCUAAGUUGGAUACACAGAACGAAACUGUAACUAUCAAUAAUAUGAGCUCGUCCUCUGUUAACGACGAGGAAAGACUCAGAAAGAACUUAUUAGAAAAAUUGAAAUCUGUACAAGCUGCUAAGGAAAAAGAACGGAAAAGUCCUCCAGCAUUAGAAAAAAACGGAAUUCUAACUAACACCCGUUCUCCUGGAUCAUUUGAAAGUGCUGAUGAGGAGAACAGUAAUAACUCUUCAUUCGCAAGCGUGAGAGAUUCGGUGGAACCAAGUCUCACUCCCAAAGAGGUGAACUAUGGGAAUCACAGUUCGGUGUACCCACCAAGGUUCUUGAAUCAUCUCGGUCUGAACGAGAGGAACCCUUUAACUAUAACUUGUCCAUUUGAAAUGACUGGGAGAUGCAAAGAUUAUACGUGUACUUAG